CAGUCGGGUUAGGUGGAAGAGGCGGGAGCGGAAAGACCCGCCUCCUCGCCCGUCCCAGGAAGGGGAAGGCGAGAAGCCUCUUUGGGCCUUCCAUUUUCUUUGGCGGCAUCCGAACCCGUAAGGGGGGGUACUUUGAUAUCUGGGCGCCGCCUAACCCAAGGCAGAGGCAGCCGGAGCCGGGAAAGGCGCAUUCCAAGCUCCGAACCCGCCUCGUGGAACCAGCAGGAUGGACCUGAACGGGCUUCUUUUGGACGAGGAGGGCACUUUUGCCUUGAGCGGGUUCCAGGAGUUCACGUUUCUUCCCAGGCAUCAGCAACUAAGCGAUCGAGUACGCAAGAGGCUUUACUAUGGUUGGGAUAAGGAAAAUGGUCUUGAUAAUCUCUCAAGUCCAGUUGCAGAUAUUGCUGUUGAAUUGCUCCAGAAAGCUGCUCCCAGUCCCAUUCGCAGGCUCCAGAAAAAAUAUGUAUCUCAUGUCUCCCGGGAGGCUUGCAUCUCUCCCUGCUCCAUGAUGUUGGCCCUGGUUUAUAUUGAGAGACUUCGGCACCGUAAUCCUGAAUAUCUGCAGCAAAUCUCUUCCUCUGACCUCUUCUUGAUCUCCAUGAUGGUUGCCAGCAAGUACCUGUAUGAUGAAGGGGAAGAGGAAGAGGUGUUUAAUGAUGAGUGGAGUGCUGCAGGCAAAGUGGAAGUACAGACUCUGAACACACUGGAGAUGAAUUUCCUUCAUGCCAUUGACUGGAGCCUCUACACAAACCCUAAGGAACUUCUUGAAGUGCUCAGCUGCCUCGAAGGGCGUGUGGCUGAGAAGCAGGGCAUCCAGCGUGGCUGGUUCACCUACACCGAUCUGUGUGUUUUGAUGGAGCAAACACUGUGGCAACAGGCAUUGGGUCAGUUCUACCAACACAUAGCCAAGUUGGCUUGCCUUCUUGGAAUGGUGUACCUGACAGGCAUUGCAGCUGUCCUUGCCUCUGCUGCUGUGGUGCACCAUACUGUACAUGCAAAGAGGGCUGACCCUUCUGAAUUGGCAAGCAGUAAACCUGCCCUGGCACCUUACCUGCCUCUCUUGUCUUCAGUUCAGCACCUGGAUAGCAACUUGGCUCUACCUAAUGGCUCUCUGUGUCCAGGAACAGAGAAUGUGACCUUGCAUGGUGAACAGCAGCAUGAAGGGACCAAUGGUAUCAUGGCUACAGCACUUUACAUGUGGGGCAGUGUCAUCACUGCCCUGUCUUCUGCACCGUCGUCCUCCAUCUGUCACUCGUUUUGUCCACACUGCAGUCAAGCUGGCCUCACUUGUGGGACAGCCAAUCACACAGCUCCUAACCCUUCUACCCAGUCAGCUCUUUCCGGACUUGCUGCUCACUGCACCAGCUGCAUGUGCUGGGGAUGGCACCUUCCUGUGCCCCACAAUUGCAAAGACUGGCCUGAACCACUGGCACUGCAGCAGUGCCCCUCACAGGCUGCCUUGGAGCUUGGAAGGAUCAAGGCCUUCAUGUUCCCUAGUUAGGGUUGGAGACAGCAGGUAGAGUUUAGGGUUUGGGGGAGCAGCAUCUGGGGCACCUUGAUCAGCAAUGCUGUGAGUGUUUGGAGGGUAUAAGGAUGCAAGGCAGGAAAGGGUAUGAAAGACUGGGGCCUGUCAUUGUGUCUCCUUUCAGCUUGAUACCAACUCUCGUAACCAGCUCUCAAAAACUCCAUCAUCAUUUUUGCGUUUACUCCCUUCCAGCAAUUUAGUAGCUAUGCUCAAGAGUGUCCAAGAGUUUGCUGAAAGGAUGCUUCCCAUUUUGGAGGCAUCUAGAACAGUUAGGAUGAAGACUGGAACCAUGAAGCCUGGAUCAUUCAUAACCUUACUUCUCCUGAGCUAAUAAGUUGCCUUGGCAAACCUGACUUCCCUCAGUAUGUAAAAUAUAGGGGUGGGUUUUACACAUUUGAGAGUGCUAAAAUCAGGCUUUCUAGCUUGUCCAGUAAUUUGUGGGAUGCAAUGAUUUAUUAUGACAAAUGCCAGCAAUUCUGCACCUCAGGCUACCAAACAUGUAUGUACUACAUAAUUAUGUAUUACAUAAUUAAAAACAUUGGGCAUCAUGCAAUGCCUCCUGGCUUGUGUGGCAGCGUUCUUGAGGAACUAGGCAGAAAUGAUCUGUGGUGACUCCCUUCCGCAGUGACAAAUGCCAACAAUUCUACAUCAUCAAGCUAUCAAGCGAUAGCUGUAUUUACACUAAGCCAUUAUUAGAAUAAUAUGGAAACUCACUGUUAAUGUUCUAAUACUGAUCUAGUGCUUCCUACUUGGGCAGCCAUUUUUACAAGCCAUGCAGGACUAGCUUGUGAUUUCCUUCAGCCACAGCACAGGGAAAGAAAGGGGAAGACAGUUACGUAAAAAUAAUUUUGGUGCUUUGGUACCCCUACCUGAUGUGUUGUGAGUGCUUGACUGCCCAGUCUUUAAAUCGUGGGGUGGGGGGUGUGGGAGGUGUGGCAGACAUUAUCUACCCAUAAAUUUUCUCAGCACUUUUUUGCUGUAGUUUUUUCACUUAUUUCUUGUAGAUGGGAUCUCUUCUAAUAAAAAUAGUUCCUGAUGA